CUCCUGCGCUGGGCGCACCGCCCUCCGCCUCCGUCACCGCCCCCAGGACGUGCGGCCGCCAGCUUGCAGCGCCUCUUCCCCGGCUAGCGGCGCGAUGGGCUGCGGGAACUCCACCGCCACCAGCGCGGGCGCGGGCCGAGGACCUGCAGGAGCAGCUAAAGAUGCAACAGAAGAAUCAAUAAUAGAAGAUGACAAGAGGAGAAACUACGGAGGAGUGUAUGUUGGUCUCCCAUCUGAAGCUGCCAAUAUGGUAUCCAGUCAGACAAAGACUGUUCGGAAAAAUUAGAAGAAAAUACGACAGUAAUCAAGAGCUUGCUCAUCAGGAUUUAGAAGGAAAUUCGCCCCAUGGGACGUUGUAAAGUGCACAGACAUUUCCAAGGGAAUUCUAAACAGUUACCUACCGUCCUACCCCAAAUUCUUAAGUCUACAGUUAAAACAAUGGGUGCACGUUGAUGGUGUGGUCCCAGGAAGGAAUUGGUUACCCAGUACACUCGUGUAUGGAACUGGCUGUGGUCCACCUGUGAGAGACACGCUAACAAACCGUUGUUGCCCUUCCAGCCUGUUCUCCUCCAGCACCAUUUUCACCCUGGCCGUUCAACACAGUUCAAGAAGAUCAUGUCUUUUCACUGA